AUGUCUGCCGCAGCAGAAUUCCUCCACCUAUCAACGGCAACACUACGUCGAGCACCUCGUCUUGGUGCCGGCAUGUCUCAAAUUACCAACCGACCCGCUAUUCCAGGCAAGCUGGCCGCCAUUUCCCACGGCAAGCUGCAACGUGAAGCCUCAUCUCAAACCCCCGACCUUCGCCGUUGCCUAGGCCACCACGACAUCUUUCGCAGAUGCGUCAAGGCAGCAGAGGAAGACGACGCACGAUUCAUCAGAGAAACAUACUACGAAGAUGAACCAGACAUCCCCACUAGCAUGGAAUUCGAAUACGCUCCCAUCCGAACCCAGAUCACCAAAGCGGUCAAAACAAUGAGAAACCCUCGGAAUAUGGAUUCAUGGGCACGGAAAUAUAUGGUCCAGAAACUACUUCGCAGUCGAAACGACGCCGGAUUCUUGCAGCCAUGUUUGGGCUAA